CUACUUGGUUCGUGAAUAGCCGCGGGUCACACGAAAUGGAACCACCACACCAAGAAGCAGAGGCACACCGGGGGAGUUUCCCGCCACCCAACGCCACCGGCCCCGGUUACAGCUGCGGCGAUGCCCCUACCAUGGCACCACCGUCAACUUGGUCGGAAAUCUCUCCGCCACCCACUUACCGUCCCAUUCGCGCUCCAGCCAUCAACCUCCCUCACAGCAACACCCAACAAGCCAUAAUCCUAGCCCCAGUCCCACAGUCCCAGAAGGCUCCCACCGUCUCACCUCCUUAUCACUUCCAAACCCCUGUCAAGAAGAUCCACACACCAGACGACAUCCGCCAUUUCCACGACUCAGGUUCCGGGAAGAACUUCCUUGGCUUCGUAGUGGCCCUCAGUGAGUCCAUCCGCGGCCACAAAAUCUCCGAUCCCUGCCACCAGUCCCAAACCCUAAACUCCAUCGUUUCCAUCCUCGAAACCAUUCUCCGCUGGGUCGACGAAAUCCCUCCGGUCGAUCAAUCCUCUCGCUACGGUAACCUCUCCUUUAGGAUUUGGCAGAGCCGCUUGGCUGACAACGCUGAUUCCUUGAUGCUUCAAUUUCUCCCGGAAGAUCUCCGCUCCGCCACCAUCGAGAUCGUCCCUUACUUUACUGAUAGUUUUGGCAAUUCUAGCCGCAUUGAUUACGGAACUGGCCAUGAGACCAACUUUGCAGCCUGGCUCUAUUGCCUCGCUAGAAUAGGGCUUCUCAAGGAAGAGGAUUAUCCGGCUAUUGUGUCUCGGAUCUUCGUCAAGUAUCUCGAGUUGAUGAGGAAGUUGCAGAAUGUUUACUGCCUCGAACCGGCUGGGUCACACGGGGUUUGGGGUCUGGAUGAUUACCAUUUCUUGCCGUUUAUAUUUGGUUCCUCGCAGUUGAUUGAUCACAAGUAUAUGAAACCCAAGUCCAUCCAUAACCAGGACAUACUUGAUAACUUCUCCAAUGAAUACUUAUAUCUCUCAUGCAUUGCGUUUGUGAAGGAGGUCAAGAAAGGCCCCUUCUCUGAGCACUCGCCAUUACUCGACGACAUCAGUGGUGUGCCCACGUGGAACAAGGUUAACAGCGGGUUGCUCAAGAUGUAUAAGGCCGAGGUGCUGGAGAAAGUUCCUAUCAUGCAGCAUUUCUUAUUUGGAUGGCUUAUCAAAUGAGAAGGGUGAAGUUGAGUUUCUGUUCAAAGAGAUCUGCAAUGCUGCAAGUAUGGGCGAUUAUUAGUGCGGGCGGAUUUUGAGAGAGAUCUGUGUUGCUAAAGGAUAGGUAGUUUAGAGGUUUAGGAUGAUUUCUUUUGGAUUAGGGUUCUUAAGAAAGCAGUGGUAUGGUAUGGAAGUGAGUUAUAAAGUAUGUGUUUGUACAGCAUCAGUUUGGUAAAUAUCCAAUGACUGAUCCUCCGAAUGAACUCGGGGAAAAGGUUAUUCCUGAUGUGAUGGGGUGAUCUCUUGUAUUCAGUGGAUGAAGUUGAUAUAUGCCAUCUUAACCUUCUGAUUUUAACUGGUGUUGGAGUUGCAGCACCAGUAAGACGAUGGAAUAUUUUGUAAAGUCAACUCCUUUUGCUAUUAGUGUUCAUUAAGGGAGAGAUAUCUUUGAAUUUUAAUAUACAUAAUGACCAUUCUUGGAGAAGUAAAAGGAUUUAUGGGACUAUAUAGGAGAGGAAUCUUAAGAGUGCCUGAAGAACUUGCUGUGCUUUUGGGUCCAUCAUCUUGGGAAGUUUCAAGUAAAUAGUGUCCACUAAUUUCUGGCAGAUUUGAUUCCGAUUGUACAUGGUUGUUUUAGGGGGUUUUGAGUGCUUGUACAUGGGCCUUUCUUGUGAUGUUGCAAUGUAUAUUUAUUUAUUUCGAAGAAAAAUGCGCAGGUUCUGCUCAAACCAGGAUGUGGAUGUAUUCUGGAUGGUUGAGUACUUCUGUGACAUAAGUUCAUUAUAUAGAGAAUUAUCACAUGACUGGAUAAUGCCUUGUUUCUGAUGUAAAUGUAGGUUCCAUGGUCAACUAGGGAUUCUUUUCAAAUUUAGAAAACUAACAAUUUCUUUUCUGGAAUUUUCACAGGGACUAGCUGGGUGAAUAAGUUUGGGUGGACAUUUGCUGCAUAAAGAAGUUCAGGAUUUACCCCGGGUUAAAAUGAAAUAAAAAUUUUGAGGUGGGAUAAUUGUCGAAGUGAAAAUGUAAAAUUUUGGUCAUACAUAUCCGUGGAUCACCUUUUUUAUAGUAUUGUAAUACCAAUCUGAUGUUUACAUCCAUUUUCACAUUAUUUCAUUGUUUGUUUUUCGGUUGA